AUGGCAGCAACAGCUUGCACGCAGUCUCUGCAACAGUUUGAAUUGGCGAUAACAUCACUACAUUCCGAUUACACUGAGCUGAUGGGUGGUAGUGUGCCAUGUCCAUCUUGCAAAGGAACUGGCCGAAUCCCAAAAGAAAUGGAGGAAACACUAGUUGCAUUGAUUCCACUGAAUGAUGAUCGGUUGAAGCCGAAGCGAACUUGGUUCUGGGUGCUAAUAGGAAUCGCGGUCUGUGCUGUACUUGCUUCUGGGGCAAUUUUCAUGCUGGUACCAAGAUCUGUCGAGUUAUACAGCAACAGUCCCGCCAUAAAUAUCAUUCAUGUAACGGACAAACGAGUUCCGCCUGAUCCACCUGAAAUACGUUUCCAUUUCAUGAAUUACGUGAAUAUAUCGAAUGCGAAUUAUUACGUUGUGCAAGUUGUCAACACAUCAGCUACGGUCGUCUCCAAAUUUCAACCAUGGUCAAGCGACGUGAUUGGCUCCGGACUGAAUUCAACAACGGUGGCCAUCGCCCCGCUUAGUAGCCGUAACAACGUGUUAAUGUUCAACAACUCAGUUACUCUAACCGACGUCGUAGCGCAGUACUGUCAAGCAUCAUUUUCACGACUUACUUCUCUAUACGUCAAUAUGCAGUUUCACAUUGUAGUCUCACUUGUAUACUUCAACCACCGCGAGCAGGUUUCCCUUACUACGACGCAGCAGGUGUGCUGCGUUCCUUCCGGUAACUGUACGUCUACUUGA